CAUUUAUGCGAACAGCAGACUAAGCAGUUGGCAUAAAAGUAAAAUUGAGUUUUAGAUUGGGAUUCAAUGGAGGGAUCAGGAUCAGGAGCUGGAGUGAAAGAGCUGUGUAAGAAUCAGCUGGAGAGCUGCCAGCAACUAGUCAAGAGCUAUCCUAAAGUUGAGUUACUAGAGAAAGCAUUGCAUGCUGUCCAGUCCACUCUGGAGCUAAUAACCAGAAUCCAAGACAAAGCUGAGACCAGUGAUGACAACAAGACAAUACUCUCAGAAUUUACACAGUCAUGCCUAGACUCCACCUACCAUCUGGAGUGUCAGCUGGUUGAUAAGGAGUUUCCCGACCCCAUAGCCAGAGGGCAGAUCACACAGAUAGUCCAGACGCUCUCUACACCUUUGACCUUGUGUGGGCUACUCGGGUGUGAGGUGGAGCAGCUGGGUACAGAUAUUAUUGAGUGCCUACACUGGCGUGUGGGGGCUUUGAUGUACAUGUACUGUCACAUGGUGCUCACAGUGGAGGAGAGAAAGAAGGAGAUAGACGUGGAGCACUUUAAAGAGAUUCUUAGUUUGGGUGCAGGCCACUUAAACCUAAUGCUCUCCACUCGAGCUCCUCUGAGCAAGGACGAUGACUAUAUGUCACAUGACACUACAGUCCCCGCUCUGCUGCAGCAAGGAAUAUUCAGUGAUUUGCACAUGCUCUCAUUGAUGUAUGCUGGUGAGAUGUGCCACUGGUACUGGGAACUAAACUCCGCCCCCUCACAGCCCACCCCCUCUAAAGACGUUCAAAAAACCCAACCCGGUGCUUCACUGAACGAUCAUGACAGUUCAAAAGAGUCUACCCUCUGGUGUGUGAUGGAAUUGACUCAAGACAUAGAAUUUGCUAGAGACUGGAGAGACAAUUUUAAUUCUCAGAAAUAUGGUAUUGAGUUUUUGUCAAAGUAUGUAGACGUUGCUAGGGGUCCUUUGAAGGAUCAGAGUUGGAACUAUGUUCAGGCUGUGCAAUUGCUUGUUUCUUUGAGAAAAGCUAAUAGUGUUUCAAAGUGAUUCUGUUGAGUUAAUUUUGUACAUGAACGAUUUUAUGUGAA